AUGAAGACCAUGUUUGAUUCGACACCAAAUCAACCUCUACCUCUGAUUCAACAAGAACCGUCCGAUCUGUCGCCACAUCCUCCUCUGAUUCAACAAGAACCGUCCGAUCUGUCGCCGCAUCCUCCUCUAAAUAACCGGUGUCGUGCUUGGCUCCAGAGAAACGAAUCGAAUCGCUUGAUUCUCCACCGCUUCGUAACCCGAAGCGAUUACACUAUCGGAAUCACGGUGAGAUUCAACGCCGUGUGGCGAAACUCCGACGAUGGAUGGAUCAGAAUCUGGAGGGUUGUCUCAUAUUAG